GUUGUUUUUCUGUCUGAACGAUUGAGAAGAUGAGUCAAGUUCCAGUUAUCGACACUUGUCAAUUCUGUACAUUUACAAAUGAACGCGGUGCGAAAAUAUGCAUAGCGUGUGGACGAACUUUGGGGCUACCGGUAGUGAACCUCAGCUCAAGCGACGGAGUCAAGUGUUCGCAAUGCACCUAUCAAAAUCUAUUUGGUUGCAAGCAAUGUGUGAUUUGCGAAAUGCCAAUUGUGACAGUGGAGCAAGUCAACAUGUCUUCAACUUUGAAUGUUAAUGGACAGUUGUGUCAAAUCUGUUUUUCCACCACCACCAAAGAGUUUAAGAUGCCAGGUUGCACGCACUCCUUCUGUGUGUCAUGCUCUAAGCAAUACUUCACAGUCAAGAUCAUGGAAUGUGGCAUUAACAACUUCCGUUGCCCAAUCGACGGAUGUUUCAGCUUCGAUGAACUGCCAAAUAAAUUAGAUUUCUUCAAGGAUUUGAAAUUGGUUCUUGAUGGCAUCUUGGAUGUAAGAACACAGAAAAUGUUUGAUAACAAAACUGGGAUCCUCGAUAUCAUGCACGAUCCUGGAUUCGUGAGAUGUUCGCUGUGCGGUCAUGGAUUCAUCAAUCAAUGUAAAUCCAAACAAACUAACUGCUCUGCGUGCCUACAGUCAUUUUGCAACAGAUGUGGCAGACAAUGGACGCGAAACCACUCACAGACAGACUGUAAACCAAACGAUAAGGGAAUGGAAGACGGUGUACUCCAAAUGUACACCAAUGCAACCUGUCCGCAAUGUAAAUACAAAUACAUUUUGGAACGAGGUGGAUGCAUGCAUAUUACCUGCACUCAGUGUUCAUACGAAUACUGCGAAUUCUGUUUCAAAAAGAUGACGGGAAAAGGAAAGGCGUGCAAUUUUCCGAAUUGUUCGAUGGAAAAGUCACUGCAUGGACAUCAUCCACGUAACUGUAUGUAUUACAUUCGAGAAAUGAAUCAUACCAAUUUGGAGGAACUGCUAAAGGCAAAUGGAGUCCGUUAUAAUUUGGUCCAGAAAGAAAAGACUUCGACUUGUACUGUUCAAGUUAAUAAGGACAUAAGUGGCACUUGGGUCGCAUCCGAAUGCAAUCACCCAUCAGCCGAACGAUACAAUAAUAUGUGCCUCGAACACUACAAGUGGUACUUGGGCGAGCUGAUGAAAAUACACAGCAUAGAUCCGGUUGGUGUGAUGAAUAACUUGGAAUGCAUGUGCGAACUGAAACGAAACAACGUACCGCUGCAAUACAUUGAAAGUUACGGGCAACCGAUUGAGGAUACGCAUACAGCCGGUUUGAGAACGUUGAUUCGGGAGAACAUUCCGUACGAGAAACUAUUGUAGUAGCUGAUGCAUAGUCCAUGAACAGUAAUUGGUUUUUGACUUGUCAUUUUCGGAUAUUUCUUUUUUUGGUAAUAAUUACAAAGAUCUAUUUUUGAUAU